CUUUUUCAGGACACAUUCCGUUCAUGACCUCCGUAGACCUCUACUCCCUUACUCUACCUCAAGGAUAGCAGCAGCAAUACCGAGCGGCACUACGCACACCCACACCUUGUUAUACCAGUGCGAUUCCAGAACAUUGAGUCCUGGCGAGAUCAACCAAGGCACUGUCUGAGGCAGAACGUGUGCAGCCUGCCCCAACUCAGACCCGAUGCCAAAACGAAGCGCAAAACAACACUCUGAACAGGUGCUUCAGGAACAGCACUCGACCAUCAGCUCCCCUCCUAAUCCUUCAAAAGGAGAAGUCCCGCAAUCCCCGCCAACACCCCCAAAUGACUUCAUACCCAUCAGUAACUCAAGUUGGGACACGGCGUCAGCAUCUGAAAUUCAACGGGGAUCGUCCCUUGCACCGUCCACAACCAUACCGCCUCGGUCAAAAAUUCUUGUCCCGGACUCAGGAGACGAAGCCGAGUAUGAUGUUGUCAAUGCUAGGAGGAAGAACUGCGGCUCAGAUGAAGGGCCACUGGAGUUGACCUGUGUCAAACCUUAUACCGCUAUCCCACGACCUAUUGCUUCUCAUACUGAACUGGCAGGCCAGGGCAAGAACGAGUCCAGAUCAUCAAACUUGUUCGUGCAGGAUGUACCCGACUCUGAGGACGAAGGAUUGAACUUGCAGGUUACAGAUGAGCCAGUAUUAGAGCAUCCGGAGAAUGGGGGCCAUGACGGGUCUACUCAAAGUAUCGACAUCUUGAUCGACGAAAACAUGGGGAUCUUUGAGCCGCGUCAAUCCAGUACCAGCUUUGUGGACCGCGUCGACCAUUCUACAGGCCACAAUGAAUCGUCAACCUUGGCAGAACUGCCGGUGAAUUAUCAGAGCCAAGUGUAUCAACCGGUUAUCCGCUCCUAUCCGCUCAGAGAACGCACAUUCCAACAGCGUAUGCCCUACACCGCCGACAAGCAGCUGCAUGCUAGACUUAUCGGAAGCCGAGGCAGCGGUUCUUCUCGACAUUCCCUUGCACGGGACCUUUCGCGGGAGGAUCUCGCUCUGCUGGAUCAGCAGGACGACGAAGAAGACCCAGACUAUGAGGACCGUGGUGCGCGAGAUGUGCACGCAGUAGACGGUAUCGAUGACCCAGAUGUGCUUGAUGGUCCCCUGAGGUCAAUGCAGCGUCCGCACUUGAAAAAGAUAAAGGAUAAAAGAACUAUGGCAAAUAUGGAUUUUUUCCUUCAGGAUUUGGAUGAUGACGACCUUCCAACGAUUGAGGAGUUGCGCCGCCGAUACCUAACGCCUACACACUUAGAUGCUCGCAAAUCAGCAACCAAGGACGUUAAUGACUCCCUUCUCCGCGUCAAACUGCCUCCGGCACUGAGUGCACGGGCGAAACAAAAACUCGAACGACUGGCAUUACAGCCCCUGGAGCCUCUGGAUCCUGUCGAUGCAGAACCAGCGAUUCCCUACCAGAUGAGAUUUUUUUCGGCAACUCCACAUCAUUCGACCGAUGAAGAAAACGAGGCUGGCAUGCCGUCACCAGACGGAUCUAUGUCAGGAACACCAUCUAGGACUGACGUGGCCAACAUCUUGCAAGUCGACAUGGCCCACGACUCCUUCAGCGAUAGCGAUAGCGAACCCCUGCCAUCGAUCAAGAAAACCAAAAAAAUUCGACAGCACGUUCUGCCCAUGGCGUUCUUCAAGAGGAAUUUAUUACCAGAUGAUGCUGCGGCAUUGAGAUCGAUGCGCUCAAAGCAGGCGUGCACACGGGCGUCCGCUGUGGAAACUAGAGCCGAGCCGGAACAAAUACAGUUUGCACACCAUGCCAAAAGACGGAUCGCAUCAUCAGGUCAAGAUCGUGGUGGUGCACUGAACGACUUUAUCGCCCAGUUGGCACAGGAUAAGAGCGAGACUGAGGACGAAUCAUUUCGGGAUCUUUCUCCGGGCAGUCCUGAUUUUGAUAGCGAUUCUCAUGGCGACAUGUGGAGGUCCCAUCCUAGCUUGAAGGACAUUGUACCGUCCAAGAGUCGCUCAUUGUCGUCUGAGCCCUAUAACCAUGAAUAUCAAAAGUCAUUGUCCCUAAAAGAUGCGGGUUCAUCGGAUUCUGAGCGGCAAACUUCACCAAAGAGGCAGGAUCCAACAGAUGAUCGGAGUAGAUCGACUAGGGAGUCACAGGCAUUCCAGAAUCCGUCGAGUAAAGGUCGCCCAGCAUUUCGUGCCGAACGACUGGACAUGAUCGACAGAAUGAUUGUCAGGGGUCCUCAUAGGUCAUCGAAGCCCAAGCAGUCGUCUUCCUCGAUUACAUACUCGAGGAAGCGACGUCGAGUAAGUCGGAAUUUGCCGUCAACAAAAAUUCGUCGAUCUGCGAAUGGCCACAUUAGAAAUACUCCACGUUCAUACAGCCAUCUCAGCGAGUACUCUUCGGCAGACGCACAGGAAGUGGGCUCCGGAUCCGAUUCAGCUGUUUCGGACGACUUUCAGGACAGCGCCGUCAAUUCUCAACCAAGGAAACGCGCUGGAAAUGACAUUCGUGGAUAUUACAGGCACCAGAACCGUCCUCUACACGAGAGGCACAAUUCCGAUACAGAUCAGGACUUUUUUGGGGACGGUUAUGCGUUCCAUGACCAAGAAUACCAAGACAGUGCAGGCUAUAUCGAACACUCCCUCAACCAAUACGAUACUACCACACCUACACAUCCACCAAGACGACUGUGCCGUCCCAAAGUCAUCCCUAAGCUGCGGGUAUUCAAACCGAUGCGCCCCCAACAGCCACACACGCGGUCAAAGCCAAACCGGGCAACUCAGAGCAGACCAAAGGUGCUGCGCCAGCGAACGAUAUACUCUCAUCUAUCAAGCUGGCACCCACAACAACCGGCGCCAAGCCGACCACAAUUUGUCAACAAACCUUUUUUCGAGGCUUCACCGAGGAAAACAAGGCCUCACCGGGAUCGCGAUCAUAGUCAACAUCCAGGAGCUGGCAAGGCAACACGCCAGGAAAAUACCGGAGACAUGGAAGGUGACGUUCCAGUAGAUGACUACAUAAUGCCGGAUCAACCGUGGAGCAACGAGGAUGGUCCUGGAUUCGAACAGACACCUUUGCCAGAGAGUCUUCCAAUACCACUACCAGCCCUCAAACCUUGGAAUCCAAACUAUAUGGCGACCGAGUUUCGUGACACAAUCUACACAGGCGCUCGGAACCAACUUUUCUCGGACAAAAUUAUCACGAACGGACUCUACUUUCCGCGCGACACCUAUAUCGGCAGAGGCAUGCUUUCACAGCUGCUGCGGACCAUGUCACUUCAACCCAAGGAGGGUUUUUUAACUCCUAGCAACACGGCCCGCGCCACCUUCUUUGGUCAACCAUUUGUGACUAAUUGGGAGGAAAUGUCGAGUAUCGAGCGUGAUCUGGAUUCAGUUGUUCUUGAUUUCAACAGGCGAUUUCAAUCGAUCCAUGAGUCUUUCCGAGUUCAAGAUGUCAGCAACCUCCGCAAUGAACUUAUUGCAUCAAGCGAGCUUUCUGCCUGUUUACUAGCACUUGAGAACAUGACUGUACUCUUGAUGGAGCGCCUAGCGGUCUCGUCGCCUGCUGAGCGCAUUUCGUUCUUGAGUAUUUUCAAGUUCAAAGUCAUUGAUGCACUGGCGUCGCUUCUUGAGACGAUGCACAUCAAGUCUCACCACCCACAAAUGUCUACCUUCCUGCUUUGGGCAAGAUGGGCGUUGGUGACAUGGUAUAUUCUCGCGAGCUACGAGUUACAUGAUGGACAGGACUCGGUCAACAGCACUGCCAGUUCUCUUUUGCACCAGUUACUUAGCACAGGUAGCUCUGGACUCUGGACGCAGCUUACAGCAUCGUUGAACCGACUUCAGGCAUCGCCCGGCGUGAUCCAUGGCCAGGACGUACUAGAGAUCUGGGUAUGUCUUAUCCAAGUGCUCAGCCGAUAUGGAGAAUUGCAUGGCUCCUCGGGGGGCUUUUGGUCGUUGUUCAAUAAGAGCGUUCGGGAUAUAUGGCUGAAGGAUGAAGGCUCAGUUGAGAAGGACGGGACAAUAGUCGAAGUUACUUCGUGGCAAGAUCGGGGCAACAACGUCAUGGGACUGCUGCAGGAUGUUUGCAGGCUUCACCAGUUUGAGAGAGACGGAAGCUCCAAUGCUACAAUUCGUACAACCGAGAACUGGGAGCUGAUCAUAUUUUUGCUUCAGAAAGGCUGGUUGGAGCAUAUGCCUGCUGAAAGUACAGAGACGGAGCGUGAUUUGCGAAGGUUGCUUCAAUUCUGCCACUCUCGAAUCAAUACAUGGGGUUGGACCCCUUGCGCGGAUAUCGUCGUGUUUGUCUAUCGGUACUUUGCUGGCAGAGGCUUUCGGGAUAUGCCGACGGAGCAUGGCUAUCGUUUGCCAGAGUUUUUGAAGCAGAUGAUCACAGCAACGACCCUGGAUCGUAGGGGGGCCGAGGUACAGGAAAUGGAUGAUCCACAAGUAGGUCAGCCAGCCGAGUCCGGCCCCAAUAUGGCGUUCGUAGAGACAAUGGACGAGUAUGAUAGAUGCUUUGAGGUAUUCCUGAAAAUCUUGGCAAAGACGAUCCAUUGGCAGAUCAAAUCCAUUUACGCAGACGGAGAGUUUACAGAUACGCUACAGACAUCAAGUGCAAGUGCAGCCUUCCAGACAAAUGGCUCGCUCUCCAAUCAGGGGACAUCAUCCCAAGCGUUAAGCAGGAUAGAGAAGAUGAGGGCCUGCAAGCGACUACUUUCAUCCGUCUCGCCCGCCAUCGUCACUACCAUCUCGUCGUCCGGUUCGAGCGAGCAGACGUAUUCCUCUUUGUGCAACCCUUGUAAUUUGGUGCUUGUAGUUGCACUUCUGGUACCGGAUUCCAUUCGUCCAUCCAAUAUUGGUCAGCUGAAGAGUCUACUUAACUUCGAAGGCAGCGAUGACGCAUCCCGGAGAAUCAUGCUAGAGUCGAUCUUUUACCUUGGCACAGCAUGGCAGCGACAGGAUAAACACAGCGCCAUCGCUGGGAACGGCGGACGAUCGCCGAAGAAAAUUUUGGAUUACUAUUUUGAACGACUGGAGUUCUUAUGCCAGGCGUUUGAGGAAGAUUUAGCAGUGACUGAUGCAGGCACCAGCUAUGUGUCUCGUAGCAAACGCCGGGCCCCAGUGGCUGCUCUUAUUGAAACUGCACUCAGCUAUGUCGGUCGCUUAUUGAGCAACGAACAGGACCUUGAUAUUGGAGGGUCUCCAUACCCGCCUCUCGCAUAUCUCGAUCAGAGACUCUCUCGUUUCUUUCAUCCCGAUAAGGCAUACCCUCCGGAACUGAGACUGCAGGCACUUGGUAUUGUCGAGAGUUUUUUGGCACUCAGAGGGUCUCAUAUUGUGCACCUCCAGCAUGUGAUGACCAAGGCGGCAAAGAGCAAGGUACAGGAGGUUGUGGCUGCAGAAGGCAUGAACACCAGCCAGAACUACACCAAUACUUCAAUGGACGAUGAGUUUUCUUCGCUGGAAUUCGAUCAGUUUGUCUUUGACGACAUGGAUCUCUUGGAUCCCUCGCCACCAUCGGAUGUAAAGGCCCCGGAGCCGGGCAAGCCAACCAUCGUGCCUGCAACUGCCACAUCUAUACCGCCCAGGGAUAUACCAGUGGUCCUUCCUCAGGAUGAAGAUCUAGCGAAGACGAUACUGUCGUGGAUUUAUCCAAGUCUAGAGAAGCUGAUCAAGGCACGGCAGCAAGCUCUUCAUGAUAAGCAACAACAACAGACACGGUCUACGAUACCAGGAAACUUGGCUCAGCAGCAGAUUGGGCCCACAGGCUAUCUUGCUACUAUGCAAAUCGCAGGACGACGAAACACUGCCUCCUCCGGCGACCCAACCGCAGUGGUAGUUUCGAAUCUGGCAUCGAUGUCUCUACAGGGUGCGGAGCGAAUCCUUUCGAUUUACGCCGACUGUAGCGUCAUCCUGCUUGAUCAUCGUCGUAUAAAGAUGGGCGACAUAACGAGCCCGUUCAAGCGCGAAGCAUGGCUCGGUCCUUGGAUACAGCACUGGAGACUGCAGGAUGAGUUGGUCUGGGCGAUGCGGGUGACAGAAACUAGCCCGGGCAUUGUAUUGGCGUACGAGGACAUGUUCCUCGGCGUUUGGUUCAGUACUGUCAGCAUUCCUGUCCACGAGCUGACUGUACAGCAUCGCUUUUUGAAAGCCAUACUGAGUAUUGUGGAUUCUGCUGCAGUGGAUGCUGUCAGUGCUCAAGGACCGGUGCUUUGUCGUAACCUUUUCAAAGAUCUGCCGAUCGCCCACUUGGACUACAACUGUACUGGGGUCAAGGAUGUUCUCAGUCGGUCAGGUGAAUUAAAUGUGGACCGCAGCCUUGUGGAUACAAACCAGAAUGCGAAACUGUUUCAGGAGUUCAAAGAAUCGAGGCUGCAACUACUGGCCAAAGUCCUAAGCAACAUUGGAGAGCACUACAUGGCAGUUCGGCCGACCCCCGGUUCUGCGGAUCCAAAAGCAUAUUAUCAAGCGCAUUCUGUCAAGUCUCGCUACCAAACAUAUCUGGGUUUGCUACUCAACCAAAUCAAGAGGGACUACGAGAGACUAGAGUUGAGGCGGAUGGUGCGGGAAAACAUCACACAUGUGGACUUGGCCCACCAUGUUGUAGGCCAUGUCAUCCAGCAUUGUGGGUUGGUUAUGCAAAGCUCUCAGCUCGCUGGUCCACAAGACUCUAUUCUGAACUUCCUGACCUCGUCUCGCCACUUUCCACAGCCCCGAAUGGAUGGCGUCUAUAUCCACCAAAAGAUCCGAGGAUACGCCUAUCUGUAUCAAGCAGGAGAGAAGCAGUUCUUCCAGGAUUUGCUGCAGAUGAUCAUCAAUCUUUUGAGGAUCAUUCCCGGCAAAACUAGUUUACGGUUUGAUUGGCUCUCUCAGAACCGUGUUCAUGCACGUCCCGCUGUGCCUGGCGCUGGAUUACGCGCCCUCUCUAAGGAUGGCGAGGAGUCGAGCGCGUACUUUGGAUUGAGGGUCAUGGAUGCCGGAUCAAUUAUCUAUGAGUACUUUGACCAGGACAAAGAAGCGCCCACCACUACGCUAACCAAACAACUGGCCUUGGAAGUCGCAAAUGAGCGAUUUUUGCCAGCUUCUAGAUCGCCAACUGCAACCAUACCUCAACUCUUCAGCAUUCAGCCAGGGAGUAACGGCAGCACUACAAAAGGCCAGAGCACCGACAGCAUUUCCACCACGGCGCGGGUACCACCCUCUACUCUGACAACACCUCCUUCAAGGUCCUCUGUUCAAACACUCUUUGGGAAUCAGCUCGACAAGCAGAAAGACACCUUCGAUCAUUGUAAGGAGGCAUUGCGAACAUUAACCAGCUCCCUAAGGAACGUCGCUUUGGAGGCAGAAGAUAGGAAGCAGUGGAACACUGUUAUGGGUUCAUUCAGGACAAUGGUCUUUAUUUCGAUAUUCCGACCUCUUUUGACCGCAUUUCUGGGGCCAGACAGCCAGCAGGGCUAUUGCUCAACGCUGGUGCCGACCGAUGCUGGAGCGGAACAUGGUCACACGAUGGCACGGGCACGCCCGCAACGGCCCAGCCUGAUGGUCAUAUCAGUGCCCGUCAUUCAAUGGUUGGUGUCUCUGAUUGCAGCUCUUUCCAGCGAUAUUAGCUCCCUGAGCGCAGGCGCCCCGACAUGGACUCCUUCGGUGGCUAGUAUCCCCGCAGGAUCCUUUGAAGAUAAUUCCAUGACACAGGCGCUUGAAGGUUUUCAAAAGGAAACGUCUAUGCUGUUCUCAUCCCUGUUGCAAUCUUUGGCAGGCAGUUUCGAUCUAGUCAAUGAUCUGUGGAUGGAGCGCACUCGAAGGCGUCUCGGCGAUCUCAAUGCUCAAGGCGAUGAUAUGGACUACGCCCAGGACGACAGCAGAGACUCUGUGAGAGCACUGUAUCUAUUUGGCCAUGUACUGCAGGCCAUUGAAGCGAUUGUCAAAGUGGCGCGGAAGAUCCAGAGGGAGCAUGUCGCCUUUUAUGAACGAAAUAUGUCAUGGCGAGAAGCGCUGCUGGAGUUGGUUCAGUUUGCUUUUGACUACGGCUACUGCUUGAUGAUGAGCAUUGGUGGACCUCUUGAAAAGGACUACGAUAUUGAGGAGAACGCUGUUGAAUUCGCAGAAAGUUUUCCGGAUCACAAUCGCGUAAGAACCAUGGCUGAACUGAUAAAGAGCUCCUUAUCGACCACAGAUCGGAUUCCUGGAGCACAGGAUGCUGUGUCAAUGGAGGCAUCUUUUCAGGAGUUUCUCUCAGGCCACACGCAGUUUUCAUCGUUUGAAGGGCUGGUACGCCGUGAGCUCCAAAAUCUUUCGUCCUUGGAGAACUGGUCCGGGGAUGUUUUAUCUCCAAGCGCCAAUCCGACAAGGACUAGCAACGAUACAACCUCAGCUAAUCCACUGCAGCGUGACCAGGCAAGAUUGGGUCAACAGCUGGAAAGACACCACUGGGCACUAUGGAAUUUCCAGAGCACAUUUUUGGACUUUGGCCAAUCCAUUUCUACGCUGGACGGGAGACUCCACCGUCAAGUCCAACGGGCGCUAGGAACACUGCUGAAACCGCCUGCGAUAUCUUCUUAUUCUAAUGGUUUUGUGCCAUUUAAGCAGAACGAUACAGAUGAUUCUGUCUGGUAUCAUAUUUUGCACCAUGCAACCGACCCGUCUCAACUUCAACCUCCGAAGUCCUUGGCUAUUCUCCGAUGGUGCCUAAGUCGUGAGUGGCAAUUGUUUCUCGCUAAGUGGGGUGAUACCGGAGCAGCGUGGCAUGACAGCGACUCGAUACGAGCAGAGGUACCAGUGAGCACAGCAGGCCAAGAUCAGGAACAAUAUCGAAGUGGGCCAUCAUUCAUGCGGGGUCUCGAUGAUCUUUUUGUAUAG